UCGGUCCAAACGCCCCUCCACUGAUGAACUCGGAAACCUAACAACUGGGGAAGGAGGAGGAGGAGGAAGAGGAGGAGGAGGAGGAGGCGGAGGAAGAGAGGAGGUGGAGGAGGAGGAGGAGGAACAGGAGUACGAGGAGGAAGUGCUUGAAAUCCCUCCGAGUUUCAGCUCCAGCGGGCAGGACUUCACGGUGGAGGUGGGAGGGGACAUAACCUUCCCGUGCCAGGUGGAGAACAAAGGUGCUUUCAUGCUCAUGUUCAAACGUGUUCUGGCCAACGGAGAACAUCGGAUGCUCUUUGUGGGGGAGAUGAACCUCAAGAACUCCAAAAGGCUUACCAAGAGCGGGGACUCCUUCAUCCUUCAGGGCGUCAAACGGAGUCACGCUGGGCGGUACGUCUGUCGCAUUGAGUCCUCACCAGCCAUUGAGGUCACCCACACUCUUGACGUCCAAUACCCGGCCACGGUGCGUCGCAUGAGCCCAGCCGUGCAGCGUGUCACCCAGGGCGUCCCCGUCAGGCUGGAGUGUCAGGCGGAUGGCAACCCCCCGGCCGCCAUCAGUUGGAGCAGGCAGCAGGGGCGCCUUCCUUCAGGGGCACAAGCUGAGGAGGGCCGCAGCAUUAGCCUAGGCAAGGUGGAUCGGCAUGUGGAGGGGACCUACAUCUGCACGGCCUCAAACGGAGUAGGCGCUCCCUCAUCCGCCACCAUGAAAAUAGAUGUGGAGUACCCGCCCCAAGUCUCCACCAAGCAGGCACUCCUCCACCUAGCCGAGGGAGACGAAGCCCAGUUGGUGUGUGUGGUCCAUGGGCGGCCCACCCCUGAGGUCAGCUGGAAGAGGGAUGGCAGCCCCCUCCAGCCUGACCCCCGCCUCAGCUCCCACCACUCCCUCCACCACCACACCCUCACCAUCAGCCCCAUAGAGGAGGAGGACUUUGGGGACUAUACCUGCGUGGCCGAGAACUCGUUAGGGAAAGGGGAGAGUCGGCUUAGCUUGUCAGGCCUACCAAAGGAGCCGAGGAUGACCAGCAGUCCUGCAGGGGGCGAGGAGACGUCCUACACCCUCACCUGGGAGGUCGAGAGCACCUCCCCCAUCGUCAUGUAUCGCGUUGAGUACCGGCCGCGCCAGGGGGCCGAGAGUCCAUUCCCGAGAGAGUGGAUUCCUCGCCUCCAGACAGCGCAAGGACUAACACAACCCAGCACAGCCCCGAACAACCCACACUCCUCCUCCUCCUCCUCCUUCUCCUUCUCCUCCUCCUCUUCCUCCUCCACACUGUACCACAUGAGCCACGCGCUGAAGGAUCUAUGGCCUGCGACGGACUACGAGGCAACGGUGGCGGUGGAAAAUAAAUACGGGUGGUCGGCCAAGUCUGGGGUCUUCCACUUCAAUACGCGGAGGGAGGUGGCGGUGGGUCGGUCCGCCAGUGGGUGCGGCCGUGUCUUCCCCAGCGCGCCCUUCCUGCCCUUCACCCUAUUGCUGGUUGUGGCUGCCAUUCAUGCUGCUGUGUGCUCCUAAGGCUAAUAUAGGAUACAAAGUCAUUUCUAAACCCCGAGAAGCAAGUCAUUUCCCGAGGCCUGUGUUCUCCCAAGUCAGGCAUCCUUCUCCGUCUCAUCCUCGUCAUUCUCAUCUUCCUCACUCUCUUCCUUCUGAAAAUGAAUAGAGGAACAUAUAAAUUAAACAUGAAAAAAGCUAAGCAGGAUAAAAGAAUACCAGGAGACAGGGCAACAUGGCUUAAAUCUAAUUCUGCGUUAAUUCAUCUAUGUAUUUACAGUUUUAAUUAUCUGAAGUUGAUAUGUAUAGUGAAGACGUUAGGGGAGAGAUUGUUACUGCAAUGCGUACUUGACUAAAGGUACGUGUUGGCAGGUAACGCAAGUCUCUACUCUUUGAUGUGGGGCGUGUGCGCUUAACCCCUUGACUGCGGAUUUCCUACCAGAAGACAUCACCAAGCUACAGGAAAGGAACAAAAAGUGGCUGCUACAAUUCAAUGAAGAAAAAUGUAAAGUCCUGCACCAACACCACAUGGGAAACACUCCACUAUCCACCACAGAGGCAGAGAAAGACCUGGGAGUGUAUGUUACCAGGCUACCAGUGAAGGGAUAUCCAGCACACCAAUACCACAUGGGAAACACUCCACUAUCCACCACAGAGGCAGAGAAAGACCUGGGAGUGUAUGUUACCAGGCUACCAGUGAAGGGAUAUCCAGCACACCAAUACCACAUGGGAAACACUCCACUAUCCACCACAGAGGCAGAGAAAGACCUGGGAGUGUAUGUUACCAGGCGACCAGUGAAGGGAUAUCCAGCACACCAAUACCACAUGGGAAACACUCCACUAUCCACCACAGAGGCAGAGAAAGACCUGGGAGU